GCGCCCAUGCGGGGCCGCGAGGCUCGGUGAGAGCGCGCGGGCGGGCGGGCGGGCGAGCGCGCAGCCGGCACCAUGUCCAUGCUGCCCACCUUCGGCUUCACGCAGGAGCAAGUGGCGUGCGUGUGCGAGGUGCUGCAGCAGGGCGGCAACAUUGAGCGACUGGGUCGCUUCCUGUGGUCGCUGCCCGCCUGCGAGCACCUCCACAAGAAUGAAAGCGUGCUCAAGGCCAAGGCCGUGGUGGCCUUCCACCGGGGCAACUUCCGCGAGCUCUACAAGAUCCUGGAGAGUCAUCAGUUCUCGCCGCACAACCACGCCAAGCUGCAGCAGCUAUGGCUCAAAGCGCACUACAUCGAGGCAGAGAAACUGCGCGGCCGGCCCCUGGGCGCCGUGGGCAAGUACCGCGUGCGACGCAAGUUCCCGCUGCCGCGCUCCAUCUGGGACGGCGAGGAGACCAGCUACUGCUUCAAGGAGAAGAGUCGCAGCGUGCUGCGCGAGUGGUACGCGCACAACCCCUACCCGUCGCCGCGGGAGAAGCGAGAGCUGGCGGAGGCCACCGGCCUCACCACCACGCAGGUCAGCAACUGGUUCAAAAACCGGCGGCAGCGCGACCGGGCGGCCGAGGCCAAGGAAAGGGAGAACAGCGAGAACUCCAAUUCCAGCAGCCACAACCCGCUGGUUUCCUCGCUCAACGGCAGCGGCAAGUCGGUGCUAGGCAGUUCCGAGGAUGAGAAGACGCCGUCGGGGACGCCAGACCACUCGUCGUCCAGUCCCGCAUUGCUGCUCAGCCCUCCUCCGCCCCCUGGGCUGCCCUCCCUGCACAGCCUGGGCCACCCUCCCGGCCCGAGCGCAGUACCCGUGCCAGUGCCGGGUGGAGGCGGCACGGACCCACUGCAGCACCACCACAGCCUACAGGACUCCAUACUCAAUCCCAUGUCUGCCAACCUUGUGGACCUGGGCUCCUAGAGCUCUUGCUUUCCGAGCUUGGUGCGGGGACAGGAGAGGUGGUGCGGGAAAGCGAUAGGUGCUGGAGUCCAUACCGGGUACUAGAAGACCGCCACGCCACGCCACGCCACGCAGGAGGAGCAGAACUGAGGCGGGACAAAGUGGACAAAUGUCUGCUAGGGGACCCUCUGGGGGAUUCCUCUCCAACAAGUUGCUUUUGAGAUCUUUUCGAAGCCAGGGACUUGGUCUUGAACCAGGCAAGGGAAUAAAUUAUAAACCGCAAUCACCACC